UAAAUAAAUGCCAUCGUGGGUUGACGAGGCCGCCCAGCCAUGUUGAGGAGUCUGUCAAGCAAACUGCAGCCCGCCAUUGUGUAGAAACCAGGCUCUGUAGAGAGAUAGGGGCGCUUGGCUGAAACUCUUCAAUAGCUAGACAAAUUCUACACCCUGCCGCUUUUAUUUAGGAGUAAAUACAGUUACACAGGCGCCGGGGGGGAAAGACAUGUCAGCCAGCAGCCUUCUUGAACAGAGACCGAAAGGCCAAGCUAAUAAAGUGCAAAACGGAGCUGUGACCCAAAAGGAUACUUUGAAUGACGAUGAGUUUGAGCCUUACCUGAACACUCAGGCCAGACAGAGCAAUGCCUAUACGGCCAUGUCGGACUCGUACAUGCCCAGCUACUACAGCCCCUCCAUAGGAUUUUCCUAUUCCCUGAAUGAGGCAGCAUGGUCCACAGGUGGGGACCCUCCUAUGCCUUACCUGGCCUCCUAUGGACAGCUGAGCAAUGGGGAGCCCCACUACCUCCCGGACGCUAUGUUUGGCCAGCCAGGCCCCCUGGGGAGCAACCCUUUCCUGGGCCAGCAUGGCUUCAACUUCUUCCCCAGUGGUAUCGACUUCUCAGCUUGGGGCAGUAGCAGCUCUCAGGGACAGUCGGGGACACCGCAGAGCUCUGGCUACAGCAGCAGCUAUGCCUAUGCUCCCAGCUCCCUUGGGGGUGCCAUGAUCGAUGGACAGUCCCCAUUUGCACCUGCUGCCAAUGAGCCACUCAACAAGGCACCUGGUAUGAACAGCCUUGACCAGGGCAUGGCGGGGCUUAAGAUCAGCGGUGCUGCCCCAGGUGGUAAUGGGGACAUGGCUCCUAAGGUGGUUGGCUCUGGCUUGCCUGGUGGGGGUCCCCUCGGCCCUGUAUCAUCUGUAGGACCUCCCAGCAUGCCUCCUGUCUCAAUUGCCCCUGCUAAGCCUGCCUCUUGGGCUGACAUUGCCAGCAAGCCAGCCAAGCCUCAACCCAAGCUGAAAACAAAGGGUGGCAUGGCCGGUGCCAAUUUGCCUCCUCCGCCCAUUAAACACAACAUGGACAUCGGCACUUGGGACAACAAGGGUACCAUGCCUAAAGCUGCCACCCCUCAGCAGGUGCCCCCUAUUCCCAGCAAUGGGCAGCCGCCCAAUCAUGCUUCUCCACAGCCUGGAGCUACUGCUGCAGGGAACCCACAAAUGCCCCUCAGCAAUGGACAGCUGGUACCGCCCGUUUCCCAGAUGGGGCAGCAUCAGCUACCACCCAGUGGGCAACCAGGUAUGGCUCCAAUGCCCCAGCCUCCCCUCACCCAGGGUCCUCCUCCUCCCCCAAGCCAACAGCAGCAACCUUCUCAGCCUACUCGUUGGGUCCCUCCACGGAACCGGGCCAAUGGUUUUGGGGAUGCUAGUGGGAGUGGUACAGGCCAGUCGCCUCCCACCUCCUCAGGUGUGGGUGUCGUGCCCGGGGUCCCCUCUGAGCCUCACCCAGUCUUAGAGAAGUUGCGUAUGGUCAACAAUUAUAACCCCAAGGACUUUGACUGGAAUCCCAAGCAGGGCCGGGUGUUUAUCAUCAAGAGCUACUCCGAGGAUGAUAUCCACCGCUCCAUCAAGUAUAACAUCUGGUGCAGCACGGAGCAUGGAAACAAGAGGCUCGACACGGCCUACCGUUCAUUAGGUGGCAAAGGGCCACUUUAUCUUCUGUUCAGUGUCAAUGGGAGUGGUCACUUCUGUGGCGUAGCAGAGAUGCGCUCACCCGUGGACUACAACACGUCUGCUGGCGUGUGGUCACAGGACAAGUGGAAGGGUCGUUUUGAUGUGCGCUGGAUCUUUGUUAAGGACGUUCCCAACAGUCAGCUGAGGCACAUUCGACUGGAGAACAACGAAAACAAGCCAGUGACCAACUCUCGGGACACACAGGAGGUACCACUGGACAAGGCCAGGCAGGUGCUAAAGAUCAUCGCUGGAUAUAAACACACCACUUCCAUCUUCGAUGACUUUUCUCACUACGAGAAGCGUCAGGAGGAGGAAGAGUGUGUGAAAAAGGUGGAGGUCCAAGGCAGUGAGCCAUAUCCCAGCAACCCAAGCAACAGGACUCAUUACAGGCUUCAGGAGCGCCAAGGACGAGUCAAGUAACAGUCAGUGCUUUGGUCAAAAGACUGCAAUGGCCCCCGCCCCCUAAAGCCCUAUCCACCCCAUUACAUCAUUACAUCCAGAUCUCUUAAGAAAUUCUAAUAGGGGUGAAGAAUUAACCAAGGACAAAAAAAACUAAAUGAAGACUUUCUUGAUUUCUUUUGACUUUAAAGACUUACUUCGAACUUGUAGUAAAAAGAAAAGGAAACGAUUAUUCAAUAGGACUACAGCUAAAUGCAUAGCAUCCUUAGGUGAAAUCUUUUUUGCCCCACCCCAUUCCACUACAUAUGCUUUUUCCCCUGUAUGCUGCUUUUUCC